CGAACCCCGUUCGUACACAAAGGAAUCUGCAUAUUCGACGUCAAUGGUCGCUUUAACAUACAUAAGGACUACCCUCGGGUCUUCGGGCCCUUAGCAACUUUAAAUUUGUACCUCUCCUCGACGCCGGUCGCUCAGCUCAGAGCAUGUCGCAUCACGACCAAUACUACGGUUCAUCGGCUGCACCUCAUCGUCCCGCGCGGGCGCAGGACUCGAGGGCGGCAAUGAGUCAGGCGUACCAUUAUCCCAAUCCUCUUCCGUACAUCGAGCCGCGUCCGCCCUGCAAUAUCCCCUAUGACAGGACGGCGCAUAGGCAGCGGGUCGCGGGCACAACCGAUCAGGUGAACUCCCCGCCAUGCCUACCCGCACAGCGGCAGCAAGGUCUCGCUCCAGCGAGACGUUCGGCCGCGCAGAGCGUUCAUGCGCGAGAUCGCGACCAUAGCGCACCCCACACCUUCGCGGCAGGUCACGCAGGCCAGCGGAUUAGUACGACUCCAUUCGGACCAGGUCCUCCAUCUCCUCUAUACGACUCUUCGGUCUCGUCAUCGUCAUCGUCAUCCUCACCCUCACCCUCGCCGCCGCCACGUCCUGUCUAUAACUACAACCCAAUGCUUCAGAGCUGUCGACCGUGGGAGAUGCCGACGAGGGCCAUGAUCCCUCCCCGCCCUGCGGCAGACGGCUCCUGUGUCUCUCACAUCAGCGAUUUGCCGCCUGAGGUCUUGUGUCAAAUUUUCCUGCGCACGACUCCCUCGCAACUCAUCGACGCUCGGCCUCAUUUAAGCGCUGAACCAUUGGUGAUCAGCCACGUGUGUCGCUACUGGAGAGACGUCGCUCUUGAUCUUCCAGGCUUGUGGCAGAAGCUCUGUUUGACGGGAUGUCAAUCCAGGCACGAGCACCGUCGACUCCAGCUUGCUGGCGUCUUCAUGGAUAGGUCGCGGGGUACGGGGAUGGAGGUCCUCUACCAAGACAUCGAAGCGGACGAUGCUAUGGACCGCAUGUGGGAGAUCGUCGUGCGUCGUCAAGGAUUCGGGGUCACGCCUGCGCGGGAUCGCUGCUACUGUGCUCUUGAUCUUCUCAUUGCGCGGAUGGCUGAAGUUCGAGUCCUUGAGCUUCGCAUCGGACAUGCCUCCUCCGCCCGGCUUGCUGUCAACCCAUCCCCCGCAGGCGCGAUGUUGCGCGACAUGACUAUCAUGUUCAUGGAAGGCGGCGAGCAGACGCGGGUCAUCUCUCGACUCUAUGCUUCACUCACAGGACUCGAACGCUUUACGUGGGCUACCUAUCUUGAAGCUUUCCCUAUUCCGCCUCCCUCGAAUGUGCCUUGGCCGCAGCUCAAUUCCGUCUUCCUUGACACACCCAUCCCUCUCGAUGUAUUUCUGGAAAUCAUCGCCGCUGGUCAGCGUCUCGAGAGCGUACACGCUCAACUGUGCAGAAAUGCGCAUCGCAUGAAGCGCUUUUCUAAGCGUAUCAAACAAACCGCGCUGAAGGAACUCACUAUCUAUGGCCGCGAAUCACUCGAUCCUGUAUUUGGAGUUCUACAGCUGCCCUCUCUCCGUGACUUAUCGCUCCGAACACUAGCUGGCGAAACUCAUAACUACCCGUUCGCCAAAGUGAUGAUUUUUCAGAGCUUUCUGGCAUGUAUACGUCCAGGCCUCAAUACCCUCCAAUUGAAGGCGGACGGGUGCUGUACCGAAACGAACCUAAUAUCCAUCCUUGAAAUGCCGCAGACAUACGUUCUCAAGGGCCUCAUCAUCUAUGUUCCCCAUAUCGGGGAUAAUCUCUUCGACCGGCUGUGUCCCGAGCUUAGGCCACCACUCGUGCCGCACUUACAGGAGCUCGGGGUCGCAAGCUGUGUCAACGUAGACGGCAGUAUCGCCGACAUGAUCAUGUCGCGCCAUAAACAUGGCUAUCCUCUCCGGUAUUUCAGGGCUACCUUCGCGAGCGGUCAGCAAGGUCGGCAUAGAAAAGACUUGGCAGCGUUACAGAACGUGGCUACGCGCGGUCUCUUCACAAAGGUCUCCUACUUCGCAGGAACAGGGUGUCGCUAGAGGACGAGAAGCAUCACGAAAGACGUGUUUUUCAUUCGUUCGUCACAUUGAUAUCAUGUACAACAUAGCUAUACUACAUACUACACAUGCUGGAUCAGUGCACUCGAACAUCCCAUUGAGCCCCCACCGCCUCUUGUAGUAAUUUUCGAAACUGCGCCGCUCGUCUAUCACGGUACCAUUCAUUGUUUGACGAGACUCUGAUCCUGCCGAUGCGAGGGCUCUCUCGC